AUGUACGCCAGCGAAAGCGAGAAGCCCCAGAGCUGGUGGAAGCGCCACUGCACCCCGCCCCCAGCAGUCAACAAGUCGGCCAUGUGUCCCUGCACCGACUGCUUCAACGGCGAUCCUCACAAUGCGAGCCGCGCCCCUCCUGUCCCCAUGGUGCCCUCGCGCGAACGCCGCCAGGCCGCCGCCGCCCCGGCGACGCGGCCAUCGCUCUCGUCGACAUCGACAAACUCGUCCACGUCGUCGUCGUCCUCCUCAACCGUGACGCGCAACGUGCUCCGCAAGUCGCUGCUGCGCAAGGAGAUGCCUGCCGACCUUGUGCCCCUCUUCCAAGAGGGCCACUCGACGACAAGCCUGCAUUCGCAGAUGCCCAGGCAGAGCGACGAGCUCUCGCUGGCGGGGUACGGAUCCUUCGCGGCCAGGGAGGCGGUGUAA